AUGUCUAAGCCUGUAGCAAUCAUCUACGGCUCCGGCGCCAAUGUCGGCGCAGCCAUCACCGCAAAGUUCCUCUCCGCGGGCUACCGCGUCGCGACCGUCUCGCGCUCGCCUCUCCCGUCCGCACCCGCAGACGCCAACACCCACGUCCACAUCCAGGCCGACCUGAAGGACCCGGCCGCCGUCUCGCGCAUUUUCGCCGAGCUCUCCGCAGCGCAAGGAUGGCCGUUCCCAGACGUGCUGAUCUGGAACGCCUACAGCGUCACGCCGCCCUCUGCGGACGACCCCACGAAUCCGUUCGCCGUGCCGGACGCGGGCUUUGAUGCCGACCUGGACGUGAUGAUCAAGAGUCCGUACCUCGCCGCGCGGGAGGCCGUCAGGGUGUGGACCGCAGAGGGGCGGAAGGGCACGUUCAUCAUGACGGGCAAUAUGUUGCCCAAGGGGGUGCUUCCGCAGAGCAUGCUCCCUGUGCCAGUCGCCGGUGUGACGACUUUAGGAAUCGGAAAGAGUGGUGCGAACUUCUGGGUGGGCACGGCGGAUGAGGUGUUCAAGGAAAAAGGCUUCCGAUUCUUUUUCGCGGACGAGCGCAAUGCGGAGGGCGAGGCGAUCGGCGUUGUCCCCAAGGGCGACUCGCAUGCCGAGAUGUUUCUGCACCUGGCCCAAGGGCCUCCUGACGUGCCAUCAUAUGUCACAUUUGUGGACGGUCGAUAUGUUAGCUUUGAGAAGAAGUAG